AUGAAUGAUUCCGGGGCAGACUCGAACGCUACCGUUUUAUCAAUCGACAAAUGUAAAAGCCUUCAAGAGAACAUGAAUAAGAAGGACGUUGAAAAAAAUGAUCCUUGUUGGGAUCUGAGGCGGGUGGAUAGCUAUAUGGAUGUUGCAAGUAUUGUUGAGCCGCCACCACCAGAGAUGCUAGCCGAUAUUCCUGAUGGUGGUUAUGGUUGGGUUGUAGCAGCUGCAGGAUUCUUGAGCAAUUUUGUUGUUUUCGGCGUCUCCACGAUUUGGGGUGUAUUUUCACAAGCAUUUGCCACAUCCAUUCUUCAGGGCAAAGCAAGCACAAUCGAGCUGAUGACUGUUGGGUCCACAGCUAAUGUGUGUCUCAACAUUUUCACUCCACUCAGCGUCCUUUUUGUACGUUAUGGUACACGUUUCAAUUAUGGACUUGGUAGCAUAUUGAUGUGUGCAGGCAUUGUCUUGGCUGGCUUUAGCACAGAGAUUUGGCAGCUCUAUCUUUCAUUUGGGAUACUCUUUGGAUUAGGAGCUUCAUUUGUAUACAUGUCUGUAGCAUCAGUCAUUCCUCAAUGGUUUACUACACGACGUAGCACAGCAAUGGGGAUUAGUUCAGCUGGAACAGGCUUAGGAGGUUUGGCAUUGAGCCCAAUGGCAAGCUCAUUGAUAGAGAAAUAUGGUCUUCCUUGGGCGUUUCGUAUUGUCGGCUUAACAUCGUUUGGGAUUUGUUGUCUUGGAACGCUAUUAGUGAAAGAUCGGAUACCAAGAUCACAACGUAAACGUUUGCCUAUCAAAUCACCAAUCCAGCCAUCUUUAUUGAAGAAUAUCGAUUAUAACAUCUGGCUUUUGGGGGCUGUGGUGGGUCUCAUGGGGUAUUUGACACCAAUGUUCUAUUUACCAAAAUAUGCUGCACAUAUCGGUAUCAAUGAUAAGGAUUCAUCCAACUUGCUUGGUAUCAUGUGUGCAAUGAAUGCUGUUGGUCGUCUCGUGUUUGGCUUUGUAGCUGAUCGUAUUGGACCCCUCAACACCUUUACGAUUGCGUCCAUGCUGGCAGGUCUAUUCACAUUCCUCAUAUGGCCAUUUGCAACAAGCUAUGAUAUACUCCUGGCGUAUGCUAUCCUUUGGGGAUUCACUUGCGGUACAUACUAUACGUUUGCUGCACCAGUAACCGGUAGCAUUGUUGGCGUCGACAAGAUUGCACCAGGCCUAGCGAUCCUCUUCAUUGCAAGUGCUGCUUCGGCCAUGGGGACACCCAUCGCUGCUGCUAUUCAAGCUUCAACACCUCAUGGCGGGUACAUUGGAAUCCAAAUGUUCAUUGGCGCUGUGUAUGUUGCUGGAGGAACCAUAUGUCUAGCUUUAAAGUACAAGGUUACCCAUUCAUUAAUAUCAAGAUACUAG